AUGAGUACGUUAGAGACAGAGAUUAAACUCGAGCUUAAGGCUUGGGAGUAUGGCUUCAAGAAACAAAAUGGGAGAAAUCCUGAUAAAGAUGAUAUAAAGAAGAAUCCAGAGAUUUGUAAAGUUAAAGUGAUUCCACAAUUUCAUACACCUCACAAGACUUCAUCACCAAUGAAAGAACCUGAAACUCCAUUAGAUGUUGAUGAAUUGGGACCAACACCACAAAUGAAUGGUCGUGUACUUGGAUUAUUUGAAGUUAUAACAAGUCCCAAAACAACACCUCAGGCUCAAACCACAGUUAAAAAGGAAAAUAUUACAUUAACACCAGCAAAGAAAACUCUUGAUUUCUCCAAAGCUGUUGAUAUGGAAGACGAAGAAGAAGAAGAGGAGCAAAAUUUUAAUGAUGACUUUAAAACACCACAGAAACCCAAGGUUUCACCUGUAAAUAACAUACAACAAACUCCUGCAUAUUUGAAACCUGGUGGUUCAAAAGAUAUAACUGCUUCACCAUCUCCAUUAGCAUCACAAAGGAUUAGAAAAGGGUUAUCAACAAUAAUUAAUGAGUUCCGUGAUAUACAGGCUGAACUAAAAUAUGGUGACUUUGAUGAAGAUGAAUUAGAUAUAGGACCACUUGCAGAUAUAGAUGAAGAAGGUGAAGAAAAUGAGGAAGAAGAAGAUGAAAAUCAACCAAAACGUGUAUAUAAGAAGAAGAAAACACAAAAAAGAACAACAAGAAGAUAUGUUAUUAAAUCACGUCCAAAUACUGAUCAAGAUUUAAUGAAUGGGAAAGAUAUUAGAGCUGAAAUGGAAAAAAUUGAAAAAACAAAGAAUGAAGAAGUUGAAUCUGAAGAAUCUGAAGAAUGGUCAGAUGGACCUGAUGAAUUUAUACCCAAAGCUCGUUCAGUUGAAGAUGGACAGAAAAGAGUUGCACAAGGUAAUAAUUUCAAAAGACUUAAAAUUCGUGAUAAAGCAGGUUCAAAACGUAAUUUUGGUAGACGUAGUAGAGGUUACUAA